AUGGAACAUUCAUUUGCUCAAUUGAUGGAUUUAUCUGAUGAAAUAGUUAUGAUUAUUUUAAACAAAUUGGAUAAUGUUGAAGUACUUUAUUCUUUAAUGAAUGUUAGCACACGACUCAAUCAAAUUGUACAGGAUUCCAUAUUUACUACUAAAAUAACUCUAAUGAAAUCCACUGAUCUUACAUUAACACUACCUGAUGCAGUGCUUGAUCGAUUUUGUUUGAAAAUCUUGCCUAAAAUUCAUCAUAAAAUCAAAUGGCUCAAUCUCGAAUCAGCGUCUAUGGAACGUAUUCUUCUUGUUGCUGACUAUCCUAAUUUACGUCAACUUGAUAUUUUUAUUAAUCAUGAGGAACCUGUUCUCAAUUUAAUUGACAAAUCUUCUCUAGAUCGCAUCUUUCAAAAUCAGAUUGUGACACUGUCUGUGACUGUGGAAUUACAUAUCAAUGUGUAUCUUUUCGAUGAUUGUCUUUAUCUACUCGAUGGUCGCUUGAAUCAACUGCACACAUUGUUUGUUCAUGUUUUUCAUAUUUUUUCUCUACGAUCAACUAUCAACAAUAAGGAAGAAUUAACUAAUCUGAAAUAUUUUUCGUUGAGAAGUACUAGUGAAACAUCUGUUUAUGAUGAAGUGCUCGUACCACAUCUACAUCGAAUGUCGAAUUUAGAAACGCUAGCCUUCCAUAUGCCAAAGUUAAAUGAAUUCAUAUUUAAUAUUCGAUCUAUCAUUCCACUUAACAAUCAAACACAUUUACUAUCAAACGAAGAUAUUCACCGUACAUUGACAAAUUUGACAGAUCAUCAAGUUAUUUCUUGUGUCGACUAUUUUCCAAGUGAAUUAUUUAAAUGUGUUCAAUCUGUAACAUUAUUUGAUGAACGUCCUUUUGAGCAUACAUUUUUUAUGCAAAUUGCUCAAGCAUUUCCGUUUCUCAAAGAAUUGACUGUAAGUAACUGGGAAUCACAAAAUCAGAAUCUACACGACGAGAGUAGACAUUUUCCAAUUAUUGAAUAUCCUCAUCUUACUAUACUACGACUUAUCCAGACCCACGAUGAUUAUAUUGAAGAAUUUUUACUUAAUAUCAAAACGUGUUUAUCAAAUUUUAUCCUCUUGGUAAUGGAUUAUGAACAGUUGCAGAGAAUUACUCACAAUUUUAAAAGAGAUGCAACACGAGUCAAUUGUGCUAAAGUCAAUAGACUUUAUACUGGGAUUCGAUCGGAUCGACCAAAACACUUUAAUAUUUACUUUCCUCAUGUGAAAUAAUUCUUAUUGUUGUUUAAAUAAUUCAAUAAAUUAAAUCAUUAAGAAUAUUCACGAUUUUAACAUACAUUGUUAUAGUUGACAAAACAAGAUCAAAAGGGAAAAAGAAUUUAUGUUUUAUUGAAAGUAAACAAUUUAUUACACACAAGAUGACUUGACAUGUCAAAGAAAAAUCAUACAUAGAAACAUAUACUUAGGGCAUAACAAAAGUAGUGAGCCUGAUAUCGUAUUUUCUUAUAGACCGCUUGGAGAAAUUAUGGACUAUUGCUCGGAACCAUAGCCUAUAGUCCUCAAUAAAUUUUUGUUUAAAUUUUGACUUCAUUUACAUAUCUCAGAAGUAUACUGGCCACUAACCGCACCUCGAUAGUAUAGAUCAUCGUUGAAAUAUUCAAUUUUUAGUCGGAGAACAUCUUCUUUCAAGUGAUGAUGUUUAUCUCACUGAUAUUUACUGACAAGUGUGGGAUUUUCGAUUAACAUAAUAUAGAGUCAUCAAAAUUUCACGGUAGAUACAUAUUGAAUUAUGCUACAAAAAAAAA